GAUGACGCACCUUGUAAGCUAUAUAGCCCCAACACCUUCUUCUGUAUCCCACACUCUGCCCGUCAGCCGUCCUGCUCCUGAGUUACCCUACAAGUGUCUCUCUCCCAUCUUCAGUUCUUUGUCUGCUGUAAACAUGAAGGUCUUGGUGAAUAUCUUGCUAUUGUCGGCGGUGCUAUUGGCUAUUGUUAUCGCAAAAAAAAAAUGCUAUGACGAGGACGUGAUGUUAUUAAUGACAAGUUGUGCUGAUGAACUAACUCUCACAGAAUGCCAGGACCUCAUCAAAGGCUGCAGAGCGAACCUAACAAAUUAUCUUUCCGAGAUCAUCCCUUCAGACGAUGACAUUUCAGUAGCGUUGGCAGACUUGCUAACGAAGAAGUUAUCGAAGGGACGUAGGAAGAUGAUCACGAGUGCUUUGAUGUUUAGGCUCAAUAUUACAUCACCUGAAGAUAUAAAGGAGGAGAUCUUCCUCACAUGUUUAGCACCUGAAGCAGAAUGAGCCGUGAGAUGACCACCGCUGCCCAGACUGGUUGUGGACGAUGGUGGAGACUGAGUUAUCGGUCUAGUGAUCAUCUUGACCAACGUCGACUGAACAGUUUGGGAACAUGAAGACCGGAUUCUUUAACCUGAACCUCCUCUGAUGACCUUACCGUCUAGCAUGACCUGAUCUGACCUGCUGCCACCUGUCUUCCGCCGCCUCACCCCGCCCCUACACUACCUCGUGACGUCAUCUUGGCCCUGUUUCUCUACACAACCUGUCUCAGGGCUGCGGUACCUACACCUUGAACAACACUCGCUCCUUCAACACGUCUCAGGGCUGCAGUACCUACACCCUGAACAAAACUCGCUCUCUGAACACGUCUCAGGGCUGCGGUACCAACACCCUGAACAAAACUCGCUCUCUGAACACGUCUCAGGGCUGCGGUACCUACACCCUGAACAACACUCGCUCCUUCAACACGUCUCAGGGCUGCGGUACCAACACUCGCUCUCUGAAUACGUCUCAGGGCUGCGGUACCAACACUCGCUCUCUGAACACGUCUCAGGGCUGCGGUACCUACACCCUGAACAACACUCGCUCAUUGAACGCGUCUCAGGGCUGCGGUACCAACACCCUGAACAACACUCGCUCUCUGAAGAAGUCCCCAAGAGAACUGGUUGUUCACUAGCUGUCCACUGUUCAGCUUCCGGAUGAAAACAACAACGCCCUGCAGACAGUGUUGUUCCAUAUAGGACUUUGCUUUAUAUCUGCUUUAUAUAUGCUAAAUAAAUCAAGUGCAUUU